AUGCUGUCUCCUCGGACUAAAGCCAUGGGGCUUCUGGUUGUCAGUCUCUUUAAUCUCCUGUACAUCUGGAGACACGUCUCCAACCUCGUGUCAACGCCCAACGUCUCGCACUGUUCGUACCCCACACUCGCUGCCUGUAUCGCCCCACUCUCACACAUGACCGCGACAGCGUGGAUUCGGGGCGACUUUCCGCAAUUCCUCCCGCUCCCCAACGAGCCCAAGGUCUUCGUACCCUUCGAAGACACCGUCCACUACCUCCCCAUCGGCAACGACUCCGAGAUGGCCUGGAGGUCGGCAUCGUCAGCAGGCUACGGCUACGUGCGCCUCGGGCCCGAGGACCGCGUCUUCGUCACCUCAAUGUUCCACGAGCUUCACUGCCUGCGGAUGCUCAACCGGGCGUACUCGCCGAGCCGGGGCGUGCCGCUGGGGCAUAUCGGGCACUGCCUCAACUAUAUUCGCCAAGAGGUGCUGUGCGCGCCGGACCUCGCGCUCGAACCUCCUGACCUGGAGGAGCGGGACUUCAGCGUGGAGCGGACGAAUGGGGUACACGCGUGCAAGAAUUGGGACCCCAUCUAUCACCUCAUGGACAGCAACUACCAUGACUGGAAAGCGCGGACUGGAUACGGUUGGUGA